AAAUGGUUUUAACACGGGAAAUGAGGGAUGAAUUAGAAUCGGCUGUGAAUAACGCUGUCCAUAAAUGCCUUACCAGUGAUGCAGUCAUAAAAACGAUUGUAAACAACGUGUCCGAAGCGAUAAUGAAAACAAUGGAAACGAAGUUAGCUGAAAUGGAAAAAUCCGUCAACACUAUACACGAUAAAUUAUCGAGUAUGAAAGAGGAAUAUGAUUAUAAAAUUUCUGAACUGAAAACCGAAACUGAAAUUGCCAAGUCGGAAAAAAACACUUUACAAAAGAAGUUCGAUCAAAUGGAUCAAUUCUCAAGGAGGUCAAACCUAAGAAUUUUGAAUUUCGAAGAGAAUCCGAGUGAACAAAUCAGGGAAGAAAGUGGGAAAGAAAAAUGAAGGAAAGGCGAGAGGAGUCUUCAUCAAACUACAUGACUAUAUGGUUAAGCACAAAAUCUAUAACAAAAAGAGAAUGCUGAAAGGGACUGGAAUCAUUAUAAGGGAGGAUUUAACAGGUCCUAGAAUGGAAUUGCUGGGCAUGGCUGUUGACAAAUAUGGUAUGCGAAACGUCUGGACUGAUUCUGGUAGAAUAUUUAUAAAUAAGGAUAAUAAGUUACACAAGAUAAUAUCUAAAGAUGAGUUAAUGAACUUACUGUAAUUUUUUGUAAUUUCUUGUACUAAAGAGGGCACUUAUAUUUUCAGUAAAAAAGAUGUUGUGUUUUCUGUUCCCUGAGAUUAGAUGUGUUUUUUUUUUAUUUCUCAUAUUUUUGCUGGAGUUUAGUACUAUUCGCCCCAGAAACAAUUGUAUUUUUGAUACUUUUUUUUAAAUUUUUUGUUUUUCUGAGGGAUGUUGGACAUUUUGGAUACAUUGGAUAGUUAUGAGGAAGUUAUUACGAAGACAAGUCCUAGUUUACACGAUUAUUUUGCGGGAAGAGACAGCAGGUUGGCGGGUGCAUUGGGUGUUAUACAUUUUAACAUUCGGAGUCUGAGGAAGCAUUUUGAUGAAUUGCUCGUAUACUUGGAGAGAAACUUGAAUAAUUUGGAUGUCAUAGUCCUGUCGGAAACAUGGAAUCUUGAUUCGGUAAGUGAGUUCACAAUACCAAAUUAUACGAUUUAUUACAACGAAUCGAAAGCAAAUCAAAGUGAUGGUCUUGUGGUUUAUAUAAGGAACUCCCUAACAUCAGAUGUUCAAAUUAUCUCUUUGGCCGAAACUAAGCUCCUGAGAAUAACUUUCGAUAUCAAUGAUAGAAAUAAACAGACGAAAUGUGGAAUUACAGCAUCUUAUCGCCCCCCAUCAAUUGAUGUACGAACCUACUUAGAUGAUUUAGAUAGAUAUUUCUCUACUUUGAAAUGGGAACCGAUGGAGUUGUUUUUAGGGGACAUUAAUGUAGAUUUGCUAGACAAAGUUUCUAUAAAUACAAAUGGUUAUAAAAACAUAAUGAGCCAAAAUGGGUUCGUUUCAACCAUCAAUAAACCAACGAGGGUAACAAAAGACUCGGCAACAACAAUUGACCAUAUUUUUAUCAGACAAGCUAACUAUCUACUGAACAAGAUUGAACUCGACCCACUCGUUGUACAUAGUAGUAUAACAGAUCACUAUUCGACGCUCAUUAUGAUAUCACGACUAACCACAGCUAACGUUACACCCAAUAUAACACACAGAUACAAUAUAAUCAAUUAUAAUAAACUGAGAUCAAUUUUAGAGGUGGAAAGAUGGAGCGAGAUUUUAUCGUGUAAAGAGACACAGAGAGCUUAUAGUGUCUUUGUUGAUGUGUUGGGGAAACAUAUCGCUGAGUCAACUGAAACAAUGC